AGCAAGAGUGCGAGCGUGAAGACGAUGAAGAAAAGUGGAUGAAAUAGUCAGCAUAAAAGAAAGUCCAGAAAUAAAGUUAUCAGAGAGGCACUGCGAGAGAUGUUAGUGGUGUUUCAGUGAUCACAGUGCUUAGUCAGUGCCUGGAAAUGCAGCAUCUCGCACCUGAGAAUCACAGGCGCUUCUGUUGGAGCAGCUGGAAAAACCUCCUGCUGCCGCAGCUGAACAGACGCUCGCUGUAUGUCUACGGCAGUGAGGUGGCUGUGGAGAAGGAGUGCAUUAGACAGAAAGAGGAAGGGGUGUUGGUCAUCCAUCCCUUCAGUCGUUUAAGGAGUUAUUACAUCAUGUGUAUGGUGGCCAUAACAUUUCUGAAUCUAAUUGGCAUUCCGAUGGAGAUUGCCUUUCUGGAUGGGAACAGUGGAGUAGGUUGGGAGGGUUUUAACGUGUUCUCAGACACUCUGUUCCUGAUUGACGUGGGGCUUAACUUUCGCAUGGGGAUCAUUAAAGAUGACAGUGAGGGAGCCAUUCUGGAUUUGAAAAGCAUUCGACAGCACUAUUUAAAAAGCUGGUUUAUACCUGAUGUGGUAGCAGCAUUCCCAGUUGGUUACAUACUUCUUAUUGCGGACCUGCAAUACCACAGUGACUCUCCCUCAUCCAAAGCAGGCAAAAUGAUGCGCAUCUUGAUGUUUGUGAGAAUCCUCAGUCUUGUCCGCCUGCUGCGUGUGUCAAGGCUUGUUAGGUUUUUCAAUGAGGUGGAGAGAGUUUCAAAUGCCAACUUGGAGGUGGUGAGGGUGUUCCUGAGAAUCUUGUCAUUAUUUAUGAUGAUUUUCCUGCUGUGCCACUGGAAUGGCUGUAUUCAGUAUUUUGUGCCCAUGCUUGAGGAGUUUCCCUCAGACUGCUGGGUUAGAAGAGAGAAUCUAAUGAAUGCCACAGUGGGAGAGAAGUACUCUUUUGGAGUCUUUCGGGCCCUCUCUCAUAUGACUGCAAUAUCAUACGGUUCCUCUGACACACCCACAAGCAAGGAGUAUACUUUUGAUCAGCUGAUUUAGCUAAAUGUUCAUUUUAUGCCACAACUGAAAUCUUCUUUUAACACCUAAUGGGUUUUGUUUGUGUUUUGUUUGUUUUUUUCAG